AUGGGUCUCCGAUCGGCUGCUAUGGCUUGUCAGAGGGUAACUAACGCUGUGUGUUUCAUUUGUCUGUCACAUGGACAUGACGUUCUCAGCUACUUAGAUGAUUUUAUUGGAGUUUCAACGCCUGAUUCGGCCUGGACGAGUUUCUCUUAUUGCGGCGCUCUUCUCGAUGAGCUGGGACUCGAGGAAUCUUCUCAUAAAGUGUGCGAACCUUCCACUGUUGUGACUUGUUUAGGAGUUCAAUUUGACACCAAUAACAUGACCAUGUCCGUCACGCCUCAACGUCUCUGUGAGAUUGAAACCUUGCUGGGAAACUGGUUGGAAAAAGAAUCUGCGACCAAGACCGAACUUCAGUCCCUGAUAGGGAAACUUUCUUUCGUUUCUAAAUGUGUUCGUCAGAGUCGUUUGUUCUUGGCUCGUCUUUUGGCCUCGUUACGUUCUCUCCAACGCAAUCAUCAUCGUCUUCGUCUCACUUCUGAGUUUCGUCUGGAUCUCUUGUGGUGGUGUCGUUUUCUAMGUUCCUAUAAUGGUGUUUCCUUCCUCUCGUCCUCUCCAUGGAGUGCGCCMGAUGUUGUCUUCUCCACCGACGCUUGCUUGACUGGCUGUGGGGGUGUUUCACAGACAGAGUAUUUUCAUACUGUCUUCCCCGAUUGUAUUCGGUCGSGUUUUGUUGACAUUCACCGGCUUGAGGCUCUCGCAAUUUUAGUUGCCUUACGAUUGUGGGGUGAACGAUGGACAGGUCUACGUAUACAAGUGUUUUGUGAUAAUCAAGCUGUUGUGUCUGCCCUCUCGUCCGGGAAGGUGAAGGAUCCUUUGCUGGCGGCGUGUUUGCGAGACAUCUGGUACAUUGCGUCUACUAACGAUUUCGAAAUUCGCGCAGUCUAUCUGCACAGCGAGGAUAAUCGACUUGCGGAUUUGUUGUCYCKCUGGCAUAUGGGAGACCACUUUCGCGAGCAAUUUGCUCAAUUAGUGGGCUCACRAACGGAGGUGCUCGUGCCACCGGAGCWCUUUGAACUCACAUUCUGUUGA